AUGAACGGAUUGCAGUUUUUAUUACGAAUUAAUAAAAAUAUUAUAAGACGAUUUUCAAGUUUGUAUUCUCCAAAUAUAAAGAAGAAUGUGCCUGAUUAUAUAGAUUUCGAAACAUUUUACCCUAAAAAAGAAAUAAAGCCAGAUAUUAUGACAGCUUUUACUAUGGCCAAACAACAACGAUUAGAGAAGCUGUUGGAAAAUAAUCCUUUGGUAUUAUACAAGGGUAGGGUUAUAAAAAAAUUGUCAUGUCCAAGAAUAAAAAAUUCAGGAAGAAAUAAUGUAGGAAAAAUAACUGUUCGUCAUAGAGGUGGAGGUCAUGCGCAGAGAUUACGAUUUAUUGAUUUUAAAAGAUCAAGAAAAGAUAUAUAUAGCACUGUAUUACGAAUAGAAUAUGACCCAUCUCGAAGUGCACAUAUAGCAUUGAUUCAAUAUGAGGAUGGUGUAUUAUCAUAUAUAUUAGCUCCUCUUUUAUUAAGACCAGGAGAUAAAAUUAUAGCAAGCAAGUAUGCAAAUAUUAACCCUGGAAAUUCUUUACCAUUACAAAAUAUACCUGUCGGAAGUAUUAUUCAUAAUAUUGAAAUGAGACCAGGAGCAGGGGGGCAGUUAAUAAGGGCAGCCGGUACAUACGCUACAAUAAUUAGUAAAGACAAUGAAUAUGCAACUAUUAAAUUAAAAUCUACUGAGAUUAGAAAAUUUCCUUUACAAUGUUGGGCAACAAUUGGACAAGUCUCCAAUUUAGAAAGACAUAUGAGGAUUUUAGGAAAAGCAGGGGUUAAUAGGUGGUUAGGAAAAAGACCAGUCGUUAGAGGAGUUGCUAUGAACCCUUCAAAACAUCCACAUGGAGGAGGUACUAGUAAGAAACACACCAAAAGACCUAAGUGUUCCUUAUGGGGCAUAUGUAGAGAUGGAUAUAAAACAAGGAGUAAAAAAAAACCUCUUGGAUUAAUUAUAAGAAGAAACAUAUGUGGCCGUUUACAAAAAAAGUACGGUGUUAAAUCGUGA